UGUCGUCGUCGACUCGUCGUCCCUCCUCCGUCUCCGCCCGCCGCGUGCGCCUAUAUCUACUCUACCACGGCCGCCCUCGCAAAUGAUCUGCGGCUUCUUCCACGCACCAAUCCCCGAUCGCACUCGAAUCGCCUCCAGCAACCGGUCCGUAUUAAUUUAGUGUCCGUGUCCACCCAAGGAGAUCGAUCGAUGGGAAACUGCUGCCUCGAGAGGCCUCGUCGCGGUGGCGGUGGACGUGCUGGCGCCGUGCAUUACGCCCGGAAGAACCCCGUGUGGGUGGAGAACGACGACGUGGGGGACAGGAAGGAGGAGGCGCGCAAGGGCGAGGGCGCCGGCGCGGCGCCGGCGGCGGCCACGGAGGUGAAGAUCAGGAUCACAAGGAAGCAGCUGGAGGAGCUGCUGCGGCGCGUAGAGGACGGGAAGCACGGCGGCGGUGGCGGUGGCGGCGCGCCCGUCCAGGAGGUCAUCUCGGAGCUCCUGUGCGUGGCCAGCACUAGCUCCAACUUCCGGCACAGGGAGGAGGAGCAGUGGCGGCCGUCGCUGCAGACCAUACCCGAGUGAGAGGGAUCUAAUAGAUGGUUAUGGUACUUGAUAUUAUCUCCCGUAUUAGUUAUUUAUUUAGUACCUCCAUCGAUCCAUACAUGCUUGCUUCGCUUGUUGGAAUGGGUUGUAUGAAUGAAAGUGGGUCUAUCCACGAUCUCAUAAAUAAAUAGAUUUAACUUUUAUGAUUGUGAAAAUUCGUAAAAGUUAAAUCUGUUUAUAUUUAUGGGCUCGUGGAUAGAUUUAUUCGUGUCGCUAGUCACUUGUUACUCAUAUUUAUUGUAGUGGUAUUACAAGGAGUGUAUAUUUACUAGUUCUUGGAUCAGGAAAUCAGUCUAUGUUGAGUUAGAUAGAUAUUUAGGCUAUGCAGCGUAGUUGAUCUUGGUGUUUAGUUGACUAUUGCAUGUGAAGUCAUCUUGGCUUGUUUAUUUUGUUUUGGACAUUGGACUGUCCAACCGUGGAGUACGGAUUAUUGUAGA